AUGCUCCAGCUAGGAGAUGAAGCCACCUUGUACUCCCUUAUCUUCGUGGGGAUCCUGCUGGGGACCCGAAGCCCGGUGUGGACAGUGAUCCUCACCGCCUCCCUCUACCUCUUUCUAGCAAUGUUCCGCUUCCCACAGGUACCGUCCAGCCGAACCCAGAAGGUGCUCCACCCAGUCAAGGGCAUGGCGGGCACGGGAAAGGUGUCGGUGAUCGCUCACCGGGGCGGCGGGCACGAUGCACCGGAGAACACGAUAGCAUCUAUCCGAGAGGCCAGUAAGAAUGGGGCGACUGGUGUGGAAUUGGACCUGGAGUUCUCAGCAGAUGGCGUCCCAAUACUGAUGCAUGAUGAGACCGUGGACCGAACCACCAGUGGGUCAGGAUUCCUCAGCAAGAUGAAAAUGUCAGAGCUAGCUAAACUGGAUGCAGCUGCUAAACAUCGACUCAGGGACAAGUUUGCAGGAGAGAAGAUCCCCACCCUGGAGGAGGCAGUGGAGGAAUGCAUCAAACUGCAGCUAACCAUCUACUUUGAUGUCAAAGGUCAUCCAGAUGAGGCAGCCGCAGCUCUAAAAGAAUUGUAUAAGAAAUAUCCGAUCCUCUACAACAGCAGCAUCGUCUGCUCCUUCGAGCCUAAAGUCAUCUACAGGAUGAGACAGAGUGACGCAGAUGUGGUCACGGCACUGACCCACCGGCCUUGGAGCCUGAGCCGGUUCGGGGACGGUGCCCCACGUUUUUCAUCGCUGUGGAAACAUCACUGGAUGACUGUCAUGGACAUCUUGUUGGACUGGGCACACCAUCAUGUUUUGUGGAAGCUCUGUGGCGUUUCGGCGUUCCUGAUACAGAAGAACUUUGUCUCACAGGACUAUGUGCAGCACUGGGCCCAGAGGGGUGUCGAGGUUGUAGCCUGGACUGUCAACACACAAGUAGAGAAGGAGUAUUACCAGGAGGUGCUAAAAGUCAACUACAUCACAGACAGCAUGGUGGAAGACUGUGACCCUCAUUACUGACGUACACACGAAUCCACUCCACAAAAUGUUGGCAUUUAUUAAAGAUACAAGUCGUUAAAAAAACUGUCACCCAUAUGUAAGCUCAAGCAAGAGAUCAUAUACUCCUUUUAUUUCCAAGAACACUGUUUUUUUUCUAUGGGUGUAUGUUUCCUGAAGAAUUUUAACUGGGCGCCAUAACAAAAUACAAAGUAACAGAUUUUAUUACGACUAAAUCACUUUAAUAAUGAAUAAUGAAGAACUCGCCUGUUAUAUUUACAGACUUGUUAAUGCAAGGUGCUGGUAAUAUGUGUCUAUAAUAGACCUGCAGCAAUAUGAUGUAUUCAUCCACUCAGGACUACAUUUUUUUUUUUGUAUGUUUGUCAUGUUAGUUAUAUGUUAUAUGUUUAUACAGUCUUUCAGAUAAUGCAGAGCACUGUGUGUGCUUUUUACUCACUAAGAUCUGAAGAAAUCUACCUUGAGAUGAUUUUUUUUUUUUGUCAUGUGAAUACUACUUAUUAAAGAAACAUACAUAAAUGCUUUAUAGAGCAGCAUAGACAAACUAAUAAUAAGUAGGCUUGGUGAUUACUUAUGUUGUUAAUGUAUGGAGAAAACAAACUUUUGUACUGUACUGUAUAUGAAACCACAAGGACAUUUAUGAGGGAUCAAUUGUGGCACAGAUACACGAAUGGAGUUAAUGCAUGGCUUUCUGUAAGGCUCAAGUGUUACCAAUAACACAGUGCCUGUUUUUAAAGAGUAAACCAUUUUUUAGCAGUGUGACAGUUUUGUAACUGCUUUACUUGAAUGGGUAAAAACUAAAGUUAGACGUUGCUUGAUGUUGCUGUUUGUCUGGAAAAUCAACCUAGUGCUUUUGCAUUUCAUAUAUGCUGAAUGUAAAGUAAGCUGGCUUUACUUAUAAUGAUAUCAUUAUAUCUAUACACUGUAGAUAUUACUGUACAACAGAGGUGGACAAUUAAUUUUCCUAGGUGGACAUAUUAGAAACUGGAACGGUUUUGGAGGUAAAAUAGAUAUAACAUUUUUACUCAACCAUAAAAUCUAUUUUUACUAAUGAAAUGGCUCCAAAUAACAGGAAAAUGCAUCAACAGUUUAAAGUAAGGUGACACGGACUCAUCGCCUUUAAUGUGUACUAAUUUUACUUGAUUGCAUAUUUAUUCCCAUUUUGAGGGAGGAGAACCCCCUAUAAUCAGACUAUUUCUAAACUACUGCAGUUUUAUUAACAUUGGCCAAACUAUGCAUCGGUCAGGCUCUUGUGAAUAACUACUUGAUUUUUUAUUUUUUAUUUUUGUAAUAGUUGUGGGAAUGUAGAGCUGCUUGGCAGACUGAAAAUGUUGGUCUGUCAUGUUCUGUGUCAUUAUGUGACAGCUGUGGACACUAAAAUGGAUCAAUAAAGGUGAACGGUUUGAGCUGAUA